AUGGGAGAGAGCGCGAGAAAUAUUAAGCGAAUAGCAGAAACUGAAAUUAUAGAAUCUUCAAUCACAAGUUUCUCAAAGAAAACGAAAUUUGAUUUUGAUUUUGAAGAGUUUAGCUUACCUUCGUUGAAUGUCAAGCUCCAAGCUCAUCGUUGCACCAAUAUGUCACCGGAGAAAUUGAUUUCACCGGCAACUUCAUCGAGCUCUGGUGGCUUAAUAACAGGAAAUUCCAGCUGUGGCGACUCUUCAGUUUCCUGCUGCUCCAGCAAUGAGUCGGUCAAGGUUGUGAAGGAUAGCUUGACGAUUUUAGAUCUGGAGCCGAAGAGUGCUUCCGAAACAGAAAGCUCGACGUGCAUUGACAGGAAAUUCAGAGAAACCACUCCUUCAAGCGAGUUUCACGGCAACGGCGACCACUUGGACUCACCUGCAACUAUGGGGAAGAAGGGAAAUCCUCACCGGAGAAAUUCACCGGCGGUGAAAAUUCCGAGUCAGGCGGAGAUCGAUGCAUUUUUCGCGGGGGCAGAGAAAGAGGAGCAGAAAAGAUUUGCAGAGAAGUACAACUAUGAUGUUGUGAAGGAUUUGCCAAUGGAGGGUCGAUACCAGUGGAUUUGUUUGAAGCCACAGAGGAAAAUAGAGAAUUGA